CAAGCCAUGUGGUUUAGAAGUUUCGCCGGUUUAGUUCUAGUUUUAGUGGUGGUGGUCGAGGUGGUGCAGGGUCAGCAACAGUGCUAUUACUCGCUGGAUAUGAAAUUUGGGUCGGAUUAUUAUCUACCUUCGCCACAGUUUCCGCUGUUUUACCCGCCAAACACGCAGUGUUCGUACAGGAUUAAUGCGCCGUUUGGGUACAGGAUUAACUUUACCUGCGAUGUGUUUCAGAUUCCGAGCAAAUUUCGGAUUCCACCGCCGAUGCCACACAAGCCUCACAAGCGGCCGGAUAAUAGCACCGGUUGCAAGAUCGACGCAGUCUACAUUUCACCAUCCGGCCGUGAGGACCUGGCCGACGCUUACACGUACUGUGGCGCGGGUACAGUUCAAGAGAAAUCUUUCGCCAACAGUUUGUUCCUGCGGCUACGGUCUUCCCCCACCAGCCGCGGUGGAAAGUUCCUGUGCCGAAUGUCGCUGAUUCAACCGAGUUGCAGCUGCGGACGGAAGAAGCAGACGAGGAUUGUCAACGGAGUUCAAACCGCUGUAAAUGAAUUCCCUAUGAUGGCAGCUAUGAUCGAUGUGAAGACCAAGAGUGUUGUAUGUGGUGCUACGAUAAUUUCAGAGAGAUUCGCACUGACGGCAGCUCACUGCUUGCUCAAUCGUAACGUUGACGACACCGUAUUGCUUGUCGGCGACCACAACCUGACAACCGGAGCGGAUACCUCGUACGCCCAAGCCUACGUCCUAGCGCAGUUCAUAGGUCAUCCCGGCUUCACGAUGAACCCAGUAGCGAACGACAUUGCGCUGCUGCGAACCCUCCAACCAAUCCAGUUCAACGCCGGAGUCGGUCCGGUUUGCCUUCCGUGGAAGUUCCGGGGAGCUUCGUUCAGUGGCGAUUCCGUCGAGGCUUGCGGCUGGGGCAAUCUGGACUUUGGAGGACCCUCCUCGAACGUGCUCAUGAAGGUCGAUCUGAACGUUAUCGAUAACCAGGACUGUUCGAGCAGGUUGAACUCCGUGAUGAGUCCGCAGAAGAUGUGCACUUACACGCCGACGAAGGACACGUGUCAGGCGGAUUCCGGAGGGCCGCUGUAUUUUACGGAGGCGGGAAGUGGUCGGUUGUACGAGGUUGGGAUUGUGAGUUAUGGGUACGCGUGUGCCACGACGAAGCCGAGCGUUAAUACGAGGGUCACAGAGUAUUUGGACUGGAUUAUGGCCAGCAGUCCCGACUCGUUUUACUGUUUUAUGUAAAGCUACUAAUUGGUUUGAUUAUUUUGAAGUAAUAAAAGAGGGUUUUAUUGAGGUUUUCACCAUGA